AUCGAGAAUCACUCAAGAUGCUCCUUCUACUCAGAACUUCUAUUUGUGUCCUGGCAACUGCUCAUCUGAUAGCUGCGGCUCCCACUGACGUUGGAUCGCCCAGUCCUGUACGCUCCCUCACGCCGUUCACCUUCGAGCAAUGGGCUGAUGAUAUUAUCAACAACCCUACGGCCAAGCAUAUGUCUGCUGAGGAGGCAGCCGAAGCUGCAAUCAGAGCUCGCAACAUCAUCGGCUGGCAAUCUACUACCCCUCACAAUACUUCUUGGUCUGAAGAUCCCAGUGAAAUUCAACUAAAUAAGCGAGAUAAAGUUUUUCUCAAGUCCAAGACUUCUGAAAAUGGCAAAAUCAUUGAUAUCAACACCGUUCGAUGCAACAGCUACCCCACAAACAUGGCACCGAUUGAGAACGCCGCCUGGUGCAUUCAGUGGCUAGCAAACCAAGAUGACAACAAGUGUGUUGUGAAGGAAAAGGAGGUGACAGGUUUCUGCCGCUCAAAUGGAAAAACUUUCAUUCUCGGAUGGAGGAAAAACAAGGAAUCUCUGCACCAGUCAACUUGCCAGGAAAUUGCAAGAACCGCGGGAAGAAUCAUGGAUUACUGCACCAGCAGCGGGUUCGUACAAGGGGACACGACUGCGUGGAAUGAUACCGCUACCGGGGUUAUGAUUCGUACAUUUGAGUCGGGCGAUAUUGACAAGGACAUUAAACUUGAGAUAUAAUUGGAUCUUCCAUACAGCUGUCAUCGAGCCUCAAGCUUUCUUUUGUCAUAUUUUCUUCUUUCCCAAAACCCAAUCUCCUUACCUUUAUAGUUUCGUUCGAGUGAAACCUAAACUGAUUGCAGAGGAUUAGUAUUAGCUGUAGGUAUUCAGCCCAAUCAUUCACAA